AUGCCGAGUUCCUCAUCCGCUGGGCCCGGUCCUGAGCCGAAGCUUCCAGAGAAAUACAAGCGAAAACUCACAGAGGCAAGGAGAGAGCAAAACCGACGAUCACAGCGCGCCUGGCGAGAAAGGCAGAAGCAACGUCGGGAUGAAGAGAUCAGAGCCAAGGUCGCGCAAGAAUUGUCAAAGAGGGAGAGUGAACAUGUGCCGCAGCAGCUGUCCGCCAUGGAUUGCCAGGUGUCCCCGUCGACGGAAUCGUUUGAGGCUGGGGAAGGCCCAUCCACUGCCUUUCUAGAGCCGCCUCCUGACGAGAGAUUGACGGAUAUGGGCGCCGACAACGAUGCAAGCGAAGCGACGGCGUUGCCAGAGCCAGUUCUUCCCCUGAGACUUGCGGUUUAUUACUACGUGCCGCCAAUCCCAGACGCUGCUGACAUGCGACACUCAUGGCCCGUCCCAGACGAUGUCGAUUCGAAGACAUAUACGCUCCCACCAGGUGUUAUUCCAAGAGGAAGCCCUCUGAACAGCCUGUCCCCUUCACUGUCGCCGAUGCGACAAUUGUCGCCAUUUCAGCGCUCCUCUCACGCUUCGCCGCACUCAGACUCGUCAAAAUCUCGAAGUAUAUCACAGACGCGAUCAUUCCUCCCAUCACCUUAUAAAAACCAUCUCCAGCUGGUCGGAGAGUCAUGUUUCGCAGCGACCAUGUCCAUCGCCCAGAGCCUAGGUAUUUCCGUCGUCUCAUAUGUCAACGAUCACCCUUCUCCCUUCUCAACCACUUCCAAUGCCGAUAUCCACACGAUCCCGGUCGAUCUCCGACCAACCGCCCAUCAACUCAUCAUCCCUCACCCAUCAUACCUGGAUUGCAUUCCUUUCCCCCACUUCCGGAGCAUGGCCAUCUACCUCUCGAGCGUCAAGAAACUGGAUCACAUGAGUCUCUUCCUCGACCUGAUGCACGACGGCAUGGUCUGUUGGGGGCGGCAGUGCGCCAAUGGACGCUAUGGAAGAAGCAUGCGAGAUGGCGUGGCGUGGAACAAGCGGAGUUGGGAAGUCAGGCGGUGGUUCUGGCGCAAGUGGAGCUGGAUUGCCAGAAUGACAGUCGAGGACAUUGAUAGCGGCGUUGUCACGCAUCAGACCGAGGAGGAGUUUGACGAUGAGGACGGAAUGUUGAGUGGCAGCCAAUGGUGGUGGUCUCUUCAUGACGACGACGAAGGCCCUCUCCCCAGCGGAGACGUAGCGUCAAGCUCGUCGGACGUGGUCCCGGCCGAAGAAGAAUCGGAGGAGCUGGGCAGCCUUCUCAGUCGCCACGAGGUCUGUAAUGUUGGAAUACGCUCGUUGAACGAGGCAGACUUGUUGGUGAGUUGGGAUUGA